AACAAUUAUUACGGAGUACAUCAAAAAAUAGCAUCAAGAAGUUGACCCCAUCAUUUGCCCCAAGAAAUGGCAGCAAAUGAGGUUGCAUUGCGUGUAUAUAAGCAGGUGAUUAACUGAGCCAGAUGACAAGUUCAAUGAGCUAGGGGAGAUGGAGAGAGAAAGGGAGAAGAUGGAGAGCGGCAAGUCAGAGCUGAGGAUGGCCAUGGAGGAGCUCUGCUUGCUCAGCUCGAGAGAUGCGGAGGAUCAUCAGCAGGAGCAAGAGCAAGAGCAGCAGCAGCAGAGGUCAUCCACCAUGGACCUCCUCUGUGUCUCCAAGCAGCUUCUCCAUGUCCUUGAUGAGAUUGGGCCAACAUUACUAGUCCUAAGGCAAGACAUUCAGCAAAACAUUCAGAGAUUAGAAGAUCUGCAUGCGAGAGACCGUUCCAAAUAUGCGAGCUUGACGGCGAUUGUGACAGAAGAAGUAGAGGAAGGGAUGUCAAAGAAGGCCAACAGUUGCACCAGGGCUACUAUCUGGCUGUCUAGGUCCAUGAAUUUCUCAUUACAUUUGCUGGAGAGUUUAUUGAAGAACCCAGAGACAAGCCUGAAAGAGAUUGUGGAAGAAGCAUACAAAAUCACCCUAAAGCCAUACCAUGGAUGGAUUUCAUCAGCUGCUUACAGGGUAGCGUUGGAGCUCAUUCCAGACAGAGAGAUCUUCAUUCAGCUGUUGAUGGGGAACUGCCAGGAUCCUGAAGAUUUUGCAGGAGAUGUCAUGAUCUUUAUCUCCAUUGUCCAGCCUCUGCUUGAGGAGAUCAAUACCAUUUUGGUUAAGCACAAACUGGACAGGCUGAAAUCUACCUGAAGCACAAGGAUGCAUGACCAUCAAUCACCAUAUGAUUGUACAUAGAUACUACUAUACUGCAUAAGAUAAUUGACCUACCUUGUUUUGUAAAAUGAAAAUUAAGGAUUCAUUGUUAGUGGUUGUUUCUGGACUCCCUUUUCCAUUUUAAAGCUGUUUCAAAUGUUUGUGUUGUAUGCCUCAGUGUGUUUGUACUUGGUUCAUGUAUGCAUGUAUCUCUUGUUUCUUUUUCUGUUAA